GUCAUCACAACCAGGAAGUACAACAAGGGCAGGAGCAGCUGCGUGUUGUCCGGAAUCGUCAAAUCGGCAUGGUGGGUCCGGCUGUGCUGAGGGCUCUCCGGACCCUGCGCCCCCAGUCUGUGUCAGCGGUCUCAGCAAGGUUCCAGACCCCGGUGGAGUCCGUCCUCUCGCCGUCUUCAUGUGUGCAGUUUCCGUCAUUGAGGUGCUGUCCUGUCAGGUCGCUGCAGCUGCACUGUGCUCUGUGUGCAGGACACAACAAAUGGUCUAAAGUAAGGCACAUUAAAGGACCCAAAGAUGACGCCAGGGCCAGGGUAUUUACGAAGUUAGGGAUGAUGAUCAAGGUAGCUGUGAAAGAGGGAGGAUCCAACCCUGACAUGAAUAUAAACUUAGCCCAUAUAGUGGAGCAGUGCCGAAGCAAGAACAUGCCCAAAGCAUCCAUAGAGGCAGCAAUCAGGAGUGCAGAAAAAGCAAAACCAACGACUCUGCACAUGGUUGAAGCUCGGGGGCCUGGUGGGUGUCUGCUUCUCAUCGAGGUCCUGACUGACAACACCUCACGCAGCAAUCAGGAUAUCAGACGCAUACUUCUCAAGAAUGGGGGGAUGCUGUCAGAGGGAGCCCGACACAAUUACAACAGGAGAGGGGUAGUGGUGGUGCCGGGCCAGGACCUGUCGAUGGAGAGAGCCCUGGAGCUGGCCAUCGAGGCCGGAGCUGAGGAUGUCAAAGAGACCGAGGAUGAGGAAGAAAAGCCGCUCCUGCAGUUUGUUUGUGACAUGACCGAUGUGCAUAAAGUCCGAGCCUCUUUGGUGGAGCUGGGGAUGCAGGUCACAUCUUCAGGAUUGGAGUUUGUUCCCCACACCCUCUUAUCUCUGGACCAAGACCAGAUGGAUGCAGCCUCAAUACUGAUAGAAGCUCUGAAUGACUGUCCAGAUGUAGUUCGAGUCUGGGACAACAUCCAGGCUGGAAGCUGAGGGUGCUCUCUGGACGCUGAAUCAACAUUUCAUGAGGGAUUUACCAUCAGUAGCUGUGCAGCAUUUUGAGGCCUUCUUUGUAGAAAAAACUUAUCAGAAUGAAAAUGUGAUCCUUGAUCAAAUAUAAAUUAAACUUUUCUUAAAUAUUUUA